GCAGCGUAUAGCCGGCCGAAUCGCCGCAUGGGCAACGUAGUUUAUAUUUAUAGCCGCGUGUAAAACUUCACCGGUUAGUUAGUUCUCGCAAGUGCAGCUAGAAACGUAUUUUGUUUCACGUAUACAUUUGGAUAUCCUCUUCCAUUAUGGCCGCUCCCAUUGAAUUGUCCACUGAAGAUAAGUUGGAGUACAACUUCUUCCCCAACAGUUCCGGUUCGCAACAAUUCCGCGUGCGUGCCCCCAAUGACGCACACAUUGCUCUCACCACCUCCGCGUCGGAGAGCGACCCCAUGUAUGAGAUCUUCUUGGGCGGUUGGGGAAACCAGAAGUCUGUUAUUCGCAAAAAUCGUUCAAAACCCGACGUUGUCGAGGUAGACACCCCUAACAUCUUGAGCGAUGGUGAAUUCCGCGGUUUCUGGGUUCGCUGGGAAAGUGGCACCGUCUCCGCUGGACGGGAGGGGGAAACCAGCCCGUUCAUGUCGUGGACCGAUAGCGAGUUUAUCCCUAUCAGCUACGUCGGCGUUUGCACCGGCUGGGGCGCUUCGGGUUCCUGGAUCAUUGAACAACCUCAGGUCGGCGGUGGUGGCUCUUCCGGCAUGUGCUGGGUGCAGGCCGAAGGUGGCAGUGUGCCACCAAAUGCAUUCCCAGGCGGUGAAGAUAAUGGAGAACCUUUGUAUGUCGCCCGUGCCAAUUUCCAGGGAGCUUUGAUUCCGGGCAAGCUCAUCUCCAGCCACGGCCAGGCUUACGUCCCAUGGGGUGGUGCUGAAAACGGCUGCGUACAAUAUGAAAUAUUGUGCGAUUUUAACGGUACGUGGAUGGCAUGUUCAGGUGGGAACAUUCCAAGCAACGCUGUCGCUGCUGGUCAGUCAGAGGAUGGCGAACCACUUUUUGUUGGCAGAGUCAAUCACGAGGGAACGCUUACCGUUGGCAAAGUGCAAGCCAGUCACGGUGUUAUCUACAUCCCAUAUGGUGGUCAGGAGUUGGGCUUUCCAGACUACGAAAUCUUGGUUCAAUAAAGCACCGAUAGGAUAAGUUAAUAAGUACAAUACUUGAUACAACUGCAGCGCAAGCAUUUGAUGUUUAGAACAAAAUAAACCAAAGCUAUAAUGCCUACUCUGUCAAGAGCUAAAACACUGCACUGCUGAAAUUCGUAAUUAAUGGUUCAGAUUAUUUCCUGUAAAACCACCAUUUAAUGGAUAACAGAUUUAUUUAUUGUUACAUAUUAGUAUAUAUUAAUUACAUAAAAUGUCGUUAUUUUUCAUUUGAUGGAUUCCCAUGUACCUAUAUUGUAACUUACAUGAGAAAUCAAUAAAUUUUUUGGUUUUCA